AUGGAACAGGGUCACUACAACAACCUGAUGGAGGAAUUGGCCAACGAAGCUCCUGAACUGUUCAAGAAUUACACCAGGACAAGCAAAGCCCUGUUUGAUGAGAUUGUUGAACGCGUUACGCCGCACAUCAAGAAGCAAACAACGUGGUGGAGAGACCCCCUCGAACCUGGCCUGCGUGUUGCCAUCACACUACGGUUCCUAGCAACAGGGGACAGCUACAUGACUCUGCAGUACAGCUUCAGAGUUCCCCACAACACCAUCAGCGGCAUUGUGCCAGAAACCUGCCGUGCAAUUGUCGCCGAGUAUGGAAGUGAAGAGCUCCGAACACCACAGACACAGGCGGAAUGGCUCCAGGUUGCAGCGGGCUUUUGGGACAAGUGGAAGUUUCCCAACUGCAUAGGUGCCAUUGACGGGAAACACAUCCGCAUCAAGAAUCCACCUGGAGGAGGGUCUUACUACUAUAACUACAAGAAGUUCUACUCAAUACUCCUGGUGGGCAUCUGCGACAGCCAAUACAGAUUCCUCUACGUCGACGUGGGUGCCAUAGGGUCCGAGACCUCUACCAGGCGAUACUGA